ACUGCCCAGUGUGACUUAGACUCUAUUUUGAAUAAGUACCAAGUACCUAAGAAUUGUGACAGGGCCAUUCCGCCCAUUGUUAACCAGGAAAUAUGGAAAACAUUAGACAAAAGAGCCCAUUUUCAAGAUAAGUUUAUGGUGGACAUACAAAAUCUUGUGGUUUCGGGCCUAGGUCCAGUUGUUAAGUUGCUUGAGUUUGUGAAAAAGAACAAUCUUAUGAAAAAUGAGGCAAAAUGUAUCUUCUCUGACCUGUUUACUGUUCUGGGUCAGGUGCAAUACAACCUCAGUUUGAGGAGGAGAUAUCUUAUAAGACCGUAUUUGAAGAAGAAGUAUUCUUCAUUGUGUAGUAUUUCGAUGCCUAUAACAACCAAACUUUUUGGUGAUGAUGUUUCAAAAGAAGUCAAAAGUUGUGAUGCUUUAUCGUACAUUGGUAAGGAUUAUACUUACAGCAAUUAUAGAGGUGUCCAGCGUAGACGCUCUGGUCGAGGAUUUGUUAACUCAAAUUUUAGUAAUUACGGCUACCAGUCAUCUACAUACAAUCAGCGUUCUGGUUUUAGGACUAGACCGUAUCCGUUACGUGGACAAUCUUUCAAGAUUGGUCUAGGCGGACGAGGAAGAGGCAUGAGA